AAAUGUUUUUGUCAAGUUUUGAAGUUUUGGUAUGAUUGUCAUGUGUAAUUUUAAUGGUAUAAUUAGAAUAAUUAACAUAAUAACGAUAUAUUAAUUUUAUUAAAAGUUAAAACAGCAAUAUUUAAACGAUACUGAAAAUGUUGAAGAACGUGCGUCAAAUUAUUUUUAGUUUACAAGGAAGGAGUAAUAUUUACAAACGAUAUGUACAUACAUCGCGUUUUUUAAAUAAUGAAACCAAAAAUGAAAGACACAAGAAAGAAUUUGAAGGUCGACCGAUAUACUUUGAUGCACAGGCUACAACACCUAUGGAUCCACGUGUUUUGGAUGCAAUGAUGCCAUAUUUAACAAAUUAUUAUGGAAAUCCACAUUCACGGACUCAUGCAUACGGUUGGGAAAGUGAGGAAGCUGUGGAAAAAGCACGCAAACAAAUUGCCAGUUUAAUUGGUGCGGAUCCAAGAGAAAUUAUUUUUACCAGCGGAGCUACAGAAUGUAACAAUAUUGCGGUGAAAGGAGUAGCAAAAUUUUAUGCAUCUAAGAAAAAGCAUAUUGUAACAACCCAAACGGAACAUAAAUGCGUCUUAGAUUCAUGUCGUGCUUUGGAAGGAGAAGGUUUUAAAAUCACAUAUUUACCUGUUGGGCCAAAUGGUAUUAUUUCAAUGGAAGAUUUAGAUAAAGCUACAACGCCCGAUACUAGUUUAGUUUCAGUUAUGGCUGUGAAUAAUGAAAUUGGUGUAAAACAACCAAUUCAAGAAAUUGGUAAACUUUGCAAAUCAAAAAAGAUAUUUUUCCACACCGAUGCCGCACAAGCAGUGGGAAAAAUCCCCAUUAAUGUUGAAAAAAUGAAUAUUGAUCUAAUGUCAAUAUCAGGCCAUAAAUUGUAUGGCCCCAAAGGUGUUGGGGCACUAUAUGUUCGUCGUCGACCUCGAGUACGAAUAACUCCAAUUCAAUCGGGUGGAGGACAAGAACGUGGUAUCCGUUCUGGUACAGUACCAACCCCUCUAACUGUUGGAAUGGGAACAGCAUGUGAAAUUGCCCAAGAAGAAAUGGCAUACGAUCAUAAAUGGAUGGAAUUACUAUCUAAUCGUUUACUCGAUAAAAUUUAUUCAAAUUUAACGCAUGUAAUACGUAAUGGAGAUCCAAAGGAAACAUAUCCUGGUUGUAUCAAUUUGUCGUUUGCAUAUGUUGAAGGUGAAUCGUUACUGAUGGCACUAAAAGAUGUUGCGCUGAGUAGUGGGUCUGCUUGCACAUCUGCAUCACUCGAACCGUCGUAUGUGCUCCGUGCAAUUGGUAGCGAUGAAGAUUUAGCACACAGUUCAAUACGAUUUGGUAUUGGACGUUUUACAACAAUCGAUGAGGUGGAUUAUACAGUAGAUAAAUGUAUAGAGCACGUACAACGUUUACGUGAGAUAUCACCUUUAUGGGAAAUGGUACAGGAGGGUAUUGAUUUAAAAACAAUACAAUGGUCCCAACAUUAAAAAUGUUAUUAAAAUAUUUUAGAAAAAUUUGUUUUUUUCCUAUACCGAAUUUUUAUAUAUUAAGAUAUUUUUUUUAAAUAUUAUGUUUAAAUUAAGCUAUGGCAUUUUAAUUUUCUGAAAUUCCUUUUCAACUGUAAAUAAUUUCGUUUUUAUAUCAAUUGAACACCUAAUAAU